CCAAUCCUGUUUGACGCUUCUUUUCUCUGCCUUUUCUGAUUGGCUGAUUUAUGAGUCUGUCAGGGGGUUUAGGGCCGGUGGGCUGAUUAAAGUAGAUUAUGAGGGAAGAGGCUGUGCAUCACAGUCUGGUCACUACAGCGAUGGCUUCACCAUGGAGACACUGCUGCAUCCAGCUCCUCUCUCUCCUCCUCUUCCUCUGUAUCCAGGCAUCUACUUGUCUCCACCAUGAACCUGUUGCCAGAGCUCCUGUGUCCACAGUCCAAGACGAGGAGACAGCCUGGAGGGACGGACGGGUGUGGACGAGCCGAGCUCUGGUACCUGCAGACCAAAUGCUCAGUCAACUGCAGGCUCCAGAUGCAUCUCGGAGGAAGUUACUUCAGACGCCAGGAGCUGCGGUUCCCUUCCCUCCUCUCAGGGUGUUCACCAAUGGGAAGCCAUGCAUCCUGUUCCAGGCCAGGAAGCUGUCAGUCCGAUAUGAGAAGCAGAAGCAGCUGGACCUGACAGAACGGGCCUUCUCUCCUCCCGUCGACACCAGCCAGUCCGUCUGCCACGGCGACAAGGCCACACUCGUAAUGAGGUUUGGAGACGUGGAGGAUUUAAGAGGUCUGUUUAUCAGACUGCAGCUUUCCAACACCUUCUUUGAGUCGUCAGCUGAGUGGUGGUUCUCCGUCGACAGCGUCUCUCUGCUCUACAACUCCUCUGAAGAGGCCGUGUUCAACGUCACCGAGGUGUAUGCGCCGGCGUCCUCCUCCUACCACUGCCUCCACGUCAGCAACCUGCAGCGCUUCAGCACGCUGCUGCUGCCCAGCACCGAGCAGGCGCGGCGCUGGGCCGUCACCUUCACCGACCUCCAGAUUCAGGCGUUCAACAUCACCUCCGGUAAGUUUUCUCCAGCGAGCAGCUGCACCACCUUCCUGACACCAGCCAUCCUGAUGGGCCUCGUCACCUCCCUCAUCCUGCUGCUGGUCCUCGCCUACGCCCUGCACAUGGUCAUCCACCUCAAACACAUCGAACAUGACGAAGAGCACAAGGCCCACGUUUACUUCCCCCCAAACCCUGAACAGUGCUGUGUUGAAAAUGUUACAGAGAAAAACAAUCAGUGAGAUGAGAGUGUUUUAGUACUUUUUUAAUUACAUGUUUAUUGUGAUUUUCCUACAAUUUUAUAUAAAUGCAGUACGAAUAAUGAAUAAUAAUGAAUAUGAAUAAAAUAUCUUCCUGUCCACCUA